AUGCCACCCAAGAAACCUGGAGCCAUGACCUCGCUGUGGAUGCUGAGAGAUGAUAUCCAGCACACUACAGCCCACGGGAUCCCAAACAUCUUCCGUGCACGGCACUGGUUCCGGCGCUCCCUGUGGGCCAUGUUUGUCAUCUUUGCAUUCUGCUGUGCAAUCUGGCAGUGCAUGGAGAUCAUCAUGACCUUCUACAGUUACCCCUCACAUGAAAAGAUCAGGCUCAUCUCCGAUACCAAGCUGAUGUUCCCAGCAGUCACCAUCUGCAACCUGAACAGUGUGAGACACUCUGCUCUGAAGAGAAACUUUGCUUUGAACAACACCUUCUUGGACUUCUGCCUCGCCCAACGGUGGAACAGCACUGGUUACCCCGGUGCCACCAGGGAUACCAACAGGUGUGCCAACUCUUUCAGCAAGUUUGCUUCAGAGUUCAACAGGCUUUCAGAUGAGGAAAAGCUGGACAUGGGACACCAGCUAGAGGACAUGCUCUUAUUCUGCAAUUAUCAUGGACAGCCAUGCAACACGAGUUUUUUCUCCGGUUUUAUCAACUACAAGUUCGGUAACUGUUACACGUUCAACUCUCACAAGCAAACCGACAUCCGUGGCCGGCCCAUCAAGAGUGAGUCACUGAACACAACAAAGGCUGGAUUCAUGUACGGACUGCACCUGGAGCUCUUCAUCCAGCAGAACGAAUAUGUCAGAGAUAUCACCCACUCAGCUGGUAUCCGCAUGCUCAUCCAUGACCACUUGGCCACUCCUUUCCCCGAAGACGAGGGAGUCAACAUCCCCCCGGGAACUGAGACAGAUAUCGGCAUCACAAAGGUUGGCAUUAGGAGACUGAAACACCCAUACGGAAGCAACUGCACUGAUGGAGAGGGCAUCACCAACUUCUACCAUGACCUUCAUGGAUUCAAGUACACCAGAGAGGCAUGCAAGCGAACCUGUGCCCAGCAGAGCAUCAUGAAGGACUGUGGAUGCAGCCAUUGGGAGUUUGCCGUCCUCCCUGACCUGCAAUACCCAAAAUGCAACUUCAGCUCUCCUGCUACCCGGAGAUGUUUGGAGCUGUAUGAAUACAAAUUUGCCCAGGAUAUACUGCCAUGCCACUGUCCUCUUCAGUGCAAAGAGGAGCUCUACAGCCUGACUGUGUCAGGGUCUCAGUGGCCAGCAACCGCCUUUUUGGACAAAUUCUCCAGCAACCUUAGAGGCAAAGGUGGCCAGCUGAAAGCCAUAGCAGAUAAUCCCCAGGACAUACGAGACAACAUGGUGAAGGUGGUGGUCUACUACCAGAAGCUGAACUAUGAGCACAUUUCAGAGGAGCCCUUCAUCACUGACAUCGACCUGUUUUCCAGUGUUGGAGGCCUUGUGGGUCUGUGGGUCGGGGUCUCUCUCUGCACAUUGGCUGAGUUCCUGGAGUUCGCAGUCAACGUGGUGCUCAUCGUGGCCCGUGGAUGCUUGAGCAGCCGCUCACAGGGGCCUGCCUCCUCAGCGCUGAUGGCAGGCAGAGAAGGACCGCCCUCAUAA